UAGGUUUCAAUUGUAAAGAGAGGGAAGUGGACAAAUCAGUGCUGCCUAUUCGACCAACAAUGACAGAAGAGAUGAUAGAGAAACAGUGGCUUUGCUCUGAUGAACGAGAGGACGCCGACGGCUACUCAGAAUCAGUGAAAUUUGAUGCACGCUCAAUGACAGCAUCACUUCCUCCCAAUCCUAAAAAUGGCUCCUCCCUUCACGAGAAACUGAAGUCCUUCAAAGCUGCCCUCGUUGCUCUCUACCUUCUUGUGUUUGCCAUUCUCAUACCUGUCAUUGGGAUACUGGCAGCUCACCUUAUGAAUUGGGAAAUGAAGAACUGCCUAGUUGGAUCAAUUAACACAAGUGAUACAUCUCAAAGUCCGAUUGGAAAAGAAAACACCAGUGGAGUUGAAAUGAGAUUUACAGUUGUCAUGGAACACAUGAAGGACAUGGAAGAGAAAAUCCAAAGCAUUUCAGAGUCAAGAGACAGCCUUGUGGAUGCAGAACGCUUCCAGAAUUUCAGCAUGAUAACCAACCAAAGACUUGAUGAUAUUCUUAUGCAGUUAAAUUCCUUGAUUUCAUCAGUCCAGGAACAUGGGAACUCACUAGAUGAAAUCUCCAAGUCCUUGCAGACUCUCAAUACCACACUGCUUGAAGUCCAGCUCCGUACAGAAACAGUGAAUCUCAAAGUCAUUGAGUUUACAGUCAAGCAACAGGAGGAUAUCAGUAAGUUAGAGGAACGAGUGGGCAAAGUAUCAGCAGAUAUUCAGUCUGUGAAAGAAGAACAAGAGCACGUGGAACAGGAAAUAAAACAGGAAGUGAAAGCACUGAAUAACAUCACCAAUGACCUCAGACUGAAGGACUGGGAACACUCACAGACACUGAAAAAUAUCACCUCAAUUCAAGGGCCUCCUGGACCCCGAGGCGAAAAAGGAGACAGAGGACUCAGAGGAGAAGUUGGUCCACCUGGUACUCCAGGUUUAAGAGGUCUUCCAGGUCUUAAAGGUGAUCGGGGACUAACUGGCUUCCAGGGAAGUCGGGGAUACCCCGGAGCACCAGGAAAGGCGGGGAGAUCAGGAUAUCCUGGACCUAAAGGCCAAAAGGGAGAAAAGGGGAGUGCAGGAACAUCAAGAUCAGUAUAACUCCCUGAUCAUCUUGGGGCAGGACCCUUUUAAGAUCAGGUGGGCUGGGCAGAGCAAUCUGCUAUCAUCUUCUUAAAAGACCCUUCAUCUCGGGACAACUCAUCAACACAAGUGACUUCUGGGAUCCUUUCGCAACUCCUCCAAAUGACCUUGGUUCCUGUGCCAUGUCAUGCCUGGCUUCUCCAUGACUUCCUCUCCUGGCCCUGAGUACUGUUUGGGCCUCCAGUGCCAUGAGUGCCAUUAUGUUCUCUGCUACAACGACCUCCAUCCCCUGUCACCCUUCACCUACAUGCCCCCACGUGCUGACUGGUGGGAUGUUCCUGCCUCCUUCAAACCUUCUGCUGUUCACUCCCCUAAUCUUGCAGAAUCCCACUGGGUUCUAAGAAAAAGCUUAAUGGAUAUUUGUUAAAUAUGGUUUCUUCAGGCACAAGCCCUUUUUAUUAAAUAAAAAUAGGGAAGAAAAUGGAAAAAAUCUGUCCAUCCAUCCAUCCAUCCAUCCAUUCAUUUAUUCAUUCAUUAUUUAGUAUAAGUUUAUCAUGCACUAUUUGGAGCCAGUCUUAACAGCUAUGAAUAUAUCUUUUCUAACUUUAUAGAACUAAUUACUCCUAAGAGACAUAAAUAUACCAGUUACAAACAAAAAAGAAAAGAAUGGAGCUGUAUAGAUAUUGAGAGAAGGAAAAUAAACUUAAGACCUUAGUAUAUUAAAAAUAGUUUUAUUUUUAUUGCUUGUUUCACUUUCCUACAUUCUUAUUCUCCAAAUCAAAGCAGCACACACACAGACACACACAGACACACAGACACACAGACACACACACACACACACACACACACACACACACACAUAUAUAUAUAUAUAUAUAUAUAUCUGUAUUGGAGAGAGAGAUGCAGUUGAACUUGGAUAAUUUCACAUUUGAAUGAGACCCAAAAUAACUACUUUAACUUAAUACCAUCUCCAUAUGGCACAGUUAGGCCACAUAAGGUUAUCAUUGUGACAAGCCGUUGGAGUCUAAUUCACCCAUGAUGCUUUCAAAGUUGGACAACAUAUAGGAGUGGUAGAUGUUCAGUAAUCUAGUGCUUUCUUCACCACUUUUAACAUAUUAUAAACACACUCCCUUUGCCCAAACAUUACUUCAAUAGUUGCCUAUCCAAUUCAAACAAAAAAUUUUGAUCAUGAAAAAAAUCAAUGUUUAUUUUUAUUCUAGAAAGUUUUUUACAUUUAUUUUUAUUUUAUGUUUAUAUAUAUAUAUAUAUAUAUAUACUGGAUAAUCAAUAUUUUAGUAGGAAUGGAGAUAUUUUCUGUAAGUUAAAAUGGGGAAGAAAAUUCAGAAUAAUAAAGAUAUAAGAUGACAA